AUGGUAACAACAACUGCGAAUCGCUUGCCGAAUGAUGGCGCGGAGAAUGAGAAUCAGAACAUCAAGGUGAUGCGCCUAGGGUCAUUCGUCGACCUCGACUGUAUCAUCUCGAUUGGAUGCGCUGGUGCCAUCUUGGGAGAAGUUCUUCGCAUGCGCAGUGCCCAGCAGAUACCUGAGGUGCCAGAGAGGGCUCCCAUCGCCGUACUGCAGAUGUUUGUGCUUUCAGACUUCAUGCUCAUCACCAAAGAUACCCUAUCCUCCCUCCAGGUCUUUCAAUCAGAAAUCCACCCGAGCACCCUCGUAUCUGGCGCAGCAACUUCCGGGUCAGGGUCAAAGGAGAGCCUGUCUGUGUACGGCUUAUUUCGUCCUCUUGCUGGUACACCUCAGGGAAGAACAAAGCUCCAGCAGAUUUUUGUGCGCCCUUUGGUCAGUCUUCAAAUAAUCAACGAGAGACACAGGACUAUAGAAGUUCUUCUCCGAGCGGAUAAUACUGAGGCCCUUGAGAACCUGUCCCGUGCCCUGCAGGAAAUCAAAGAUGUACGAAAACCUUUAGAACAACUACAGAAAGGUGCAGAUGCCCAAACUGGUACGGCUAUAGACCGUGGAGUUUGGUGGUCCCUCGCUCGAUUUUCAGUCAGGCUGCUCAGGCUUAGGGAUAUCGUGUUUGAGCUGCAGCAUGCUGACAAUCUUACCGCAGUGAAAAAGGUCAUCGACACAAUCCCUGUUGGUGUAAUGAAAGAUGUUGGGGCGAGGAUUGAGUCCAUUAUCGACUUUGACGAGGCGAAGGCCAGCUCGCGUAUUGCAGUGAAGCCAAACGUCAGCCGGGAAUUGGACGAUCUGAAACGAAAAUACCACGCUCUUGAUUCUUUCCUCAACGAAGUUCGAAGUUCCAUGUAUCAAACGCUGCCGGACUGGGCUUGCCCACACGUUACUGGCUGCGUGUUUUGGCCUCAGUUGGGCUUUUUUACUAUUGUCUCCUUGAGCCCCAACGGAGCCCCUGCUUACAAAGGGCAAGGGUCCGACGACGAAGACUGGGAGGUUGUGUUCAUCACUGGUGGUAACGCCUACUGCAAGAACUGUCGAAUGGUCGAACUAGACGCUCAAUGGGGCGACCCGUACUCUGAUAUCGUCGAUUUAGAGAUUCAGAUUCUUCAUGCUCUUUCCUGCGAUGUUCUUCAGCAUUCGCUGGCCCUCAGCCGUGCUGCCGAUGCCUGCGGUGAUCUUGACUGCCUGGUGGCUCUUGCGCGCGGCGCGCAAAAGUACGGCUGGACAGCUCCCACGAUGACCGAAGAAAAUAUCAUAGCCAUUAAGGGAGGCCGUCAUCCUCUUCAAGAACUGGCUGUGCCUUCAUUCAUUGCCAACGACUGCAGCCUAGAGGGAGGCUCUAUUGACUCAGUGCACCAUCCUGAGACGACAGCGCUCAUCGUGACCGGCCCAAAUCACUCGGGCAAGAGCGUAUACAUCAAGCAAGUUGCUCUCAUUGUGUAUCUCGCUCAUCUGGGAAGUUUUGUCCCCGCCGACCUGGCUACGAUAGGAAUCACUGAUCAGAUACUCACGCGUAUUUCGACCAAGGAGAGCGUGUCUCAGAAUGAAAGUGCUUUCGGGAUAGACCUGAGGCAGGCAGCGUUUUUAGUUCGGCACAGCACACGCAGAAGUCUCGUGUUGAUAGACGAGUUCGGAAAGGGCACAUCUGCGGACGAUGGGGCUGGUCUCAUGGCUGGUCUCAUCGACCACUUCACCACACUUGGCCCCGAAGCGCCAAGGACUCUUAUCGCGACUCACUGCCAUGAGAUAUUCGAGGGCGAUUACCUUCUGGAACGGCCAGGUCUAUCCCUUGCACAUAUGAAUGUGCGUCUCGACCUGGCGGCUGCGAUGGAAGACCAAGUUGUGUUUCUUCUUCGGAGUAGGUUCCGUGAUCUCGACGCGAGAGACGUCUAUGACGAGGCUGUGAGGGAGGCCCAGAGCGACAACGCCCGUAACUUCGUCGUCGAAUUCAAUUUUCAAGAAGCACACGUCGCCUUCGAUCUGAACGCCGAUGAGUUUGGUAUUCUUCUCGACCAAAAGCCACCCGAAGGCAUCGUGCGCUGGAUCAAUAUUUGGUCACCGAGCACUCAACGCCCAUCUGUCGAACGCAUCGGUACCCAUUAUGGAUUUUCGCACAGACUCCAAGCGCUCAUGACAUCUCCUGCGAAGCGUUCUCCGGGGAAGUUCAGGCCGGCGCAGACGUUUGACCCCAGCGAUAUUGAAGUUGGACUUGCUCCCAGCGAGACCAAGGCUCUUUCACCUUCGGAAGUCCCGCCACAGGCUCUCGAAGACGUCGAGGUCUACCAGCUAGUGAAGGAAACAAUGAACUAUACAUCCAUUGACUAUGGAAGACAGUUUCUCUGUAUCGGUGCCAACUGGCUACAUCGCCGCCCGGCCGUAGGCAAGCCGGGGCACAAGAAGACUCUACUACCGCCAAAACACUGGUCAUGGCUCACCCUGUGUUCCGACUCCGUCGUGCUAUCGUUGCACGAAGCGCCGCCAUACGAGCAGCCCGACAGCACCGAAUGGGUUCUGAAAUACUUGGACGAGCUGAACGCUCUGUCUAGUACGUACUUCAAUCUUACUGCGCAAAAGGAUUCACAGGCCACCGCUCGCCUCAGCAGGAGCGCCACUCUGCUUGCGAAACUGAGCGUUUUCUUUCUCCCAAUCAGCUUCAUGACCAGCUACUUUUCCGUCGAGAUACCCGACCUUGUGGAACACUACACGCCCAAGAUGUACUGGAUCUGCUUCGCUGUGAUUGCGGGCAUCUCCUUUCUAAGCUUGUUCUUCUUCAGCCGACUGCUGGAGCUUCUGAUCGACGUGUUGGAAGGCUGGUCCGACUCAGUCUGGAAGAGGUUCUUCGACAAGCGGGACGAGAGAGACGACCACUGA